AUGGCGGUAGGCAGUAGUGGAGGUCAGGCUAACGCAACACGAGAGAUUAAUGAAGUUGAAACAAGGACUGGCGUAGUAAAACGUAAAGACGAUCAAAAUAAAGUAGAUUUAAGAAAACGUAAAAGGAAAGACGACGCUUCUGUACUUAGAAAACAUUAUGUUAAUAUAAGAGAAAUUCUUAAACAUUCUAACGCUACUCCCAUUCGAAGUCGCGGUGGUAUUGGAUACGCGUGUUCUUUUUGUACUGACCAAUAUCCGGAUCCAGCAGACUUAAAGAGACACACUUUGGAAAUACACAAUGAUCUAUCCAAAGCUUCCUUCAUGCAACGUAAUAGGUUGUUUGAAUAUUUUGUUAGAUUGGACAUAACGGAACUCAUUUGUAAAAUAUGUGGUAUCAAUAUUGAUACUUUGGAAAAUCUAAUGGCACAUCUAAAAUCCGACCAUCAAAUAAAGAUAUUCACAGAUAUCAAAAACCAUAUAUUACCGUUCAAAUUUGAAACGAAAUCGCUUCAAUGUUUCAUGUGUUUAAAUGUAUUCAACAAAUUCAAAUCAUUGCUGGAGCAUAUGAACUCGCAUUACAAGAAUUAUGUUUGCAAUACAUGCCAGGCGGGUUUUGUAAACAUGAGGCAGUUGACAAAUCAUAGGCCGUCACACAAAACAGGCACUUUCAAAUGUGGUUAUUGCGAUAAAGUGUUCGAUACACAAGCAAAGAGACGAGGUCACGAAAAAGGGGUGCAUAUUUAUAAGAAUGUUUUGCACAAAUGUGGGUAUUGCAACGAGAGGUUCACACUGCCGCGUUUGAAAGACGAACAUUUAAAAUCGGUGCACGGUGUGAGGAUUUCUUUCAAUUGUCAAGCUUGCGAUAAAACAUUUAAUUCUACGAAGCUACUCAAUUCACAUACGAAGAGGGAUCAUUUAAUGGAGAGAUUUUUUAAAUGCAAACAAUGCGAUAAAGAGUUCUUCGCAGUUGGACAACUGAAAAAUCAUAUGCUUAGUCACACCGGUGAGAGAGAAUAUAAAUGCGACGUGUGUCUCAAAUCUUACGGAAGGAAAUAUACACUGAAAGAGCAUAUGAGGAUACACGCCGACGACCGCAGAUUCAAAUGCGAGCACUGCGGACAGGCUUUUGUGCAGAAAUGUGUCAUCAAAAAGGAGGCAGUAAUCGUGACAUUGAAAGAAGUUAAGACAGAAUUUAACGAGCAUACAAAUGAAAAGAAAAAAAAGGUUGCCGCAAAAGCUAAAUCAAAUAUUAAAAGUGAUGGCAAAAUAGGGGAAGAAUUAGAGAAACACCGGCAUAACGCGAGGUUGAUUCUACUAAAUUCAAAUGCUACUCCAAUCAGAGCUUACCAAGGUAUAGGCUACUGUUGCUGCUUCUGUGCUGAACAGUUUCCGAACCCUGGAAACCUGAAGAGGCACACACUAGAUGAACACGACGACAAGUCCAAAUCUAAAUUCAUGAAAGGCAGCGUUAUGGCCAAGUAUUCUGUUAAACUUGAUAUCACUGGAUUGAGCUGUCUCCUAGAGCACAUGUCUGUACAUUAUAAGAAUUAUAACUGCGACAAAUGUGACGCUGGCUUUGUUAACCGGUCUUUGCUGUACCGUCAUUCUCUGGUUCAUGUAACUGGUAAUUUCAAAUGCAACUACUGCGAUUCAGUAUUCGAAACAUUACCAAAAAGUAAACACCACGAGAGGAAGGCACAUAGAAAAACUCAGUCGCAUAAAUGUGGUUACUGCAAUGAGAGAUUUAAAGAGAAUUAUAAAAAAAUUGAACAUUUAAUUGAAGUGCAUGGAAUAAAACAACCAGGUGAAUGUCAGGCUUGUGAUAAAAAGUUUGCAACUACACGAGCGUUGAGACAGCAUUUGAAAAGGUAUCACCUACUUGAAAAAAAUUACAAGUGUUCACAAUGUCCGAUGGGAUUCUUUACUGGUGUGGAAUUGAACUAUCAUAUGGUGAAACAUACUGGUGAAAAACAGUUUCAGUGUGGCGUCUGUUAUAAGUCGUAUGGAAGGAAGAAAACGCUCAAAGAACAUAUGCGGAUACAUAAUAAUGAUCGUAAAUUCAAAUGUCAGCAUUGCGGGCAAGCUUUUGUGCAGAAGUGUAGUUUAAAAGGACAUUUGCGAUCCAAACACGGGAAAAUGUGCAAUGAUUCUAUCUAA